AUGCAUAAAAUAACAAAAUUACCUCCAGAAAUUCAAAAACGCAUUUGUGCAGGAGAAGUAAUUGUUAGUCCAUACAAUGUACUAAAAGAACUGAUAGAAAACUCUAUUGAUGCAGAAUCUACAUUUAUAUCAAUAAAUGUAAGUAAAGAUAAUUUAAAUAUUGAGGUGCACGAUAACGGCCAUGGAAUUGAGGAAGAAGAUUUUAAAAAUUUAGCACUUGCACAUCACACAUCUAAAUUUUCUAAUUCUACAAAUUAUGGUGAAAAUUUUUUCGGAUUUCGAGGGGAAGCAUUAUCUUCUAUUAGAUGUAUUUCACAUCUCACAAUUAAAUCAAAGGUAGAAAACAAGGAAUUAGGAUAUGAAAGGAACUUUACAGAAGAUUCUUUAAAACCAAUAUCAAUGAAUACUGGUACAUCAAUAUACAUAAAAUAUUUAUUUUACAAUAAUAAAAUUAGAGAGAAAUGUUUCCAUAAGAAAUUAUCUGUUUACAAAAGUAUGUCAGAACUAGCAAAUAUUUUUGCGAUAAAAAAUCCAAAUAUAAAGUUUCUAUUUAAUGAUAGUACAUGUUCUUAUAAUGAUGUAUCUAUUGGGAAAAUAAAUUAUAUAAGUGAUAUUAAUUACCUAGAUUUUAUUAAAACUAUAAAAUUUACUAGUGAAUUACAAUUUAAUGAUGAAAAUGAUCUAAUAACCAAAUCUAAGUCUAAGCAAAUAGGUACUAUUUACCAGAUAUCAUCAUUAAGAUACUACAGUAAUAAGUUUAUAACACUAAUUUUUACACCUACAAUGAUAAAUUUUAAAUCAUUCCAAUUUAUACUUUUUAUUAACAAUAGACUUGUUACAAGUCAAAGUAUAAAAUCCUUUAUUGGAAAAAUUUAUUCAAAUAUUUUACCAAAAGGACGAUAUCCAUUUAUUUAUUUAGAAAUCAGAAUACCUUCUGAAUACAUAGAUGUAAAUGUUCAUCCCAGUAAAAAAGAAGUACUUUUAGAUUAUGAAGAUGAAUUAUUAAAUGUUCUUGGUGUUAUCUUGGAAAUGGGACUUAAUGAACCUAAAGAGACUUAUAAAGGAGGAAUAAGUAACAGCAAUGUAUACGAAUCAAAUAUAAUUUACAAAGAAUAUAAUACACUUUUAGACUGCUUGCCUAGUCAGACAACGUGUGAAUACAAAUUAUUAAGCAUACAAAAAUUGAAGAAUGAAAUAGUAGAAAUUGAUAAAUCUUUUAUACAAGAUCUUGUAUAUGUAGGUACAGCAAACAUUCCAGAUAUAAAUUUACUAGUGCAAUAUAAUCAAUAUUUAAUGAAAUGUAAUUUGACAUCACUGAUUCCACAUUUAAUUUAUCAUUUUUUUCUAUUUAAUUUUGGCAAUUUUACUUAUUCGUCGUGUUGCAUAAAAAGUAAAAUAAAAGAUGACACAUUAAAAAAAAUGUUACAAGAAUAUUUUAAGAUUGAAAUAGAUGACAAUAAUAAUUUUAUACAUGUUCCUAACAUCGGUGAUUAUAUCGGUGAUGUAAAAGAAUGGGAAAAUUUCAAUAUUGAAAAUAAAAUCGAAGAAAAAGUAUUUAGAGAAAUUUUUUCGAAGUUGUGUAAAAUCUACCGAAACUUAGAACUUAAUAGACAAUCUUUUUCGACUCUAAAAAAAUAUCUAAAAUGUACGAAAGAUGUUUUACAAACAUUCACGAAGCUUAAGAGUUUGAAAGACUUAUAUAAGUGCUUUGAAAGGUGUUAA